AUGGAAGCUCAAAAAUCUGAAAUUCACCAGGUUCUCGUGAAAUUGCUCGACGGGAAGCACCGGAUUUUGAAUUUCGCAGCCCCUUCGAUCUCCGUCGCGGCGCUGAAACGCCGUAUUCAGACGCUGACCUCCAUACCUUCCGACCUCCAUCUCCUACUAAUCGAUGGCUCCCGGGUCCUUCGCGAUCACCAAACCCUAAACCUCGAUCGAUCGCGCGAGAAUUUCCGCUUGCCGGAAACCCUAGAUCGCGGUGUUAGGGAUUCGGGGAAUUUCCCGUUGAGUGUGAACCUUCUGCUCAGGCUCAGGGGAGGGAAAGGAGGCUUCGGGUCGUUGCUGAGAGGGGCGGCGACCAAGGCCGGGCAGAAGAAGACCAACAAUUUCGAUGCUUGCAGGGAUAUGAGCGGGCGGAGACUGAGGCACGUGAACGCGGAGAAGAAGCUUGAGGAGUGGAGGGCGGAGGCCGAGGAGAGGAAGCUGGAGAAGAUGGCGGAGGAGUUCAUUAAGAAGAAGACGAAGGAGGCCAUGAAGGGCGGAAAGGGCGGUGGGGGCAGUAGCACGGAUAAGUAUGUGGCCAAGUACAGAGAGGAUUCUGCUAAGUGUAUGGAGGAGGUUGAGAGGUCGGUUAGAGAGUCCGUCAAGGGGUUGGUUAGCUCGAAAAGGAAGGGAGGCGCGGAGGGCAGCGGACCAGAUUCUUCCAAGAGGUUGAAGAUAUGGUAUGGUAAGAGAAAGGUGGGUGAGAGUGACAGUGAAGAUGAUAGCGACGAAGAAGACAAAGGAGAAGAUGAAAAAUCUGUUAUCAUAGAUACUGCAAAUCAUUCUGAUUCUAUCAAAAAAGGUGACCAAAGUUCAGGUUCAGUUAGUGAUGGAAAACCUUAUCAGGACUUGUCUCAAAGUGGCUCUGAGGAAGAAGAAACCACCAUUGGUCCACUUGGUGAAGAAUUUUUUGAACAGGAUAAAAAUACCGAGGUUUACGUACAUGAUGAUGAUGGUGGCACUGAUAACAGGUUGCCUGAUGAUACUCACAAUGAAUCUCGUCAAGAAAGAAAUGAUGGUCUGCUACCUGGUGGCUCUGGUUCAAAUGAGGAUGUUCUUUCUGCUGCAAAAGUGAGCAAUAGUACCAUAACCGAACCAGUUCAGGUGGAAGCAGUGCCUGUGAGUGUCGAAGUUGGAGACAUCGACAAGCCCUUGAAUUUUGAUGAAUAUCACUCAGCUGCUGAGUUAGAGGUUCUCGGCAUGGAGCGGCUGAAGACGGAACUUCAAGUGAGAGGGUUGAAAUGUGGGGGUACAUUGCAAGAACGGGCAGCCAGGCUCUUUCUUCUCAAAACCACACCUUUGGAGAUGCUCCCAAAGAAGCUGUUUGCUAAGAAAUGA